AAAACCUUUACCUUUUUUAUAUUUAUUUUCCUUCUGUGUGUUUUCUCUCUCUUUGUUUCAACGGGCGAGGAUUUUUCGAAACGAAGGAAGAAACUUUGGAGUUCCUUUUAACAAAGAAACGUUUUCUUGUUUGGCUCGAAACGGAUUGUUCUUGAGGGAGCUGGGAGUUUGAUUCCCGCCACUCAGAAGGAGAUGGCUGAGUUAAAGAUAGAGGAAUCUUGUCUUGAGAAUAAACAAUUAACAACCGCUUCAAGUUCUUCGGUAUCCGAAGGCGGUGGCAUUGCAGUUGUAAAGUCCCCAGGCAUAUCCAGUCCAGCACCAACAUCACCAAAUCAUCGGAGGACCACUGGUCCUAUUAGGCGGGCAAAAGGUGGCUGGACACCAGAAGAGGAUGAGACAUUAAGAAAUGCUGUUGCAUCUUUUAAGGGGAAGAGUUGGAAAAAAAUAGCUGAAUUUUUUCCUGAUAGAUCAGAAGUGCAAUGUCUACAUAGAUGGCAGAAGGUCCUAAAUCCAGACCUUGUUAAAGGACCUUGGACUCAAGAGGAAGAUGAUAAAAUUAUUGAGCUUGUAUCAAAAUAUGGGCCGACAAAAUGGUCUGUUAUUGCAAAAUCUUUGCCUGGUCGAAUAGGGAAACAAUGCCGCGAGAGAUGGCAUAAUCAUUUGAAUCCUGAUAUAAAGAAGGAUGCUUGGACAUUAGAGGAGGAAUUGGCCCUUAUGAAUGCGCAUCGUAUAUAUGGGAACAAGUGGGCUGAAAUAGCUAAAGUUUUACCUGGAAGGACUGAUAAUGCAAUAAAGAAUCACUGGAAUAGUUCCUUGAAGAAGAAGUUAGAUUUCUAUUUGGCUACAGGGAAGCUUCCACCAUUUGUGAAGAAUGGUCUGCAAAAUGGGACUAGGGAUAUAAAUACACCUUCUGCAUCCAAAAAUUUGCUUGUUUGUUCAGAAAAAGAAUCAGAUUCAACUGCUCAAACUUCAUCAGGAACUACAGAUAUAUGUAAGCCAGAGGAAGAUGGAAAAGAUCAGUUGGAGUCCUCUGCUCCGGUUCGAUAUAUUGCUGCUUCAUCAAGUGUUAUUCCAAAUGAGUCUGCUGAUACUGAAAGUGCAGAGGGCAAGACCCGGUCAUUUGACGUAAAUACUUGCUGCUGUAACUCAGAGUCAUGGGCGGAGUUCGAGAGUCACAAAAUCAGUGCUGCAAUUGUUGAAGACAAAGUUGUUGAGAAACAAGUACGGCAUGAUACUCCAAUUUAUGGUUCUUUAUGUUAUGAACCACCAAGGUUACUAGGUGGUACUUCAUUAGAUUCUGAUAAUUUAAACAAGAAAGGCAUGCAGCAUGAAUGGACCUUUAGUCCUAUCACAUCACCCGUUAGCUUCUUCACUCCGCCUUGUGUGAAGGGCAGUGGUUUAAGUGCACACAGUCCUGAUUCUAUUCUUAGAAUUGCUGCUAAGAGCUUCCCGAAUACACCUUCUAUAUUUCGAAAGAGAAAGACAGGAGCUCAAUCACUUACACUCCCUAAUAAAAUUGGAAUGAAUGAGGAUGGGAUUCAACCAUCUGGUGAACAGGAAAGAACUGAAAAUAGUCUGGAACAGGCUCAGUGUCAUGAUGGGAGUUCAUGUGAGAGUCCUGCUUGUCAAGGCAAUAGCAGCAUUGGGCCUGAUUGCACAGCAUUUAAUGCAUCUCCUCCAUACCGGUUAAGAUCCAAAAAGACUUCUGUUUUUAAGUCUGUGGAGAGACAACUUGAGUUCACAUUUGAUAGAGAGAGGCAUGAAGAUAAUCCAAAAUCUUCAGAUCUAUCAGUGAAUGGUAGCUCUCCUAUUGAAGAUUGCUCGCAUGCAACAAAGAUGGGGAUCACAUAGGGCUUAAACUGAUAAGGCGAAUAUUCUCUUGAAGUUGAGUAUCUGUUUCUCUUCAGCAAUGGCAUCUGAGUUUCCAAUCCUAGCAUACUUUGAAGAUCGAAGAAGGUAUAAUAUUCUUUGUCAGGAGCAUCUUCAAUGCCAUUGCUAAAUCAAUUGGUAAUUGACACUAGUCAUCAUAUCAAGACCUACAUCAAGCCAUCAUGGUCAAGAUUCUAUGGCAGAAAUUUUCCAGCCUGUGUCAAAAUAAAAAGAGAGAUGCACCCAAAUCCAUUUUGAAGAAUAUUGACAGACCCUUCUGUACAGUGUGCCAUUUUAAAGGAAAGAUCUCAAUAUUAGAGUUGUCUCGAAUAGAAUGUUAAAGAGUAAGAUUCUUUUAGACUUCAAGACAUUUAAGAUGGCUACCAAAACAAUCUGUAAUUAAGGGUUUUUGGGUCUUUCAUUAUGAUCAGUUUUCCACAUUUGAAUAGAAAAUUAACAAUACAUUUCUUCAAUCUGGUGAAAGUUGAUUCUCUUGCCAAAUUACCCCUCCAGCCGGACUACAAAUGACCAAAUGAAGUACCAUAGCCAUAAACAAAUGCAAGGGGAUCAAAAUCAUAAAAAUCGAACUCCUUUUCUUUUGCCUUUCCAUAGAUUAUAUGAACAAGUUUUUACUAAAAUUUGCGAGUAUGCCUUCAAACAUAUUUAAUGGUACAUGAACACCUAAAACAAAUUUUAGGCUAAAACCAUAUAAACUUUGGUACUUACUUUUUAAGUGUAUCAAGUUAAUUGAUGUAACAUCUUAAUGGUAGAAUUUAGUUUUUCCAUCUAAUCUGUCAAUGGUGAUAUAAUGCCCAUUCAAAUAAAUAUACCUCAAGUAUGGAUCUAUCACGUUUUGGGCGGGGCAAUUCUUUCCCCAGCAAAUGGUUGAUUAACUUUUUCCUAGACAAUUUCGAUGUUAACCUCACCAAACACUAGAAAAUAGAACAGGAUAAUAUUUUCCUUGAACCGAACAGUAACCUUGGGAAAGCCAUUCAUUAAAGUCAAAACACAUUUAUAAGCACUUACAAAACCAAUCCAAGUUCCCAAUCAUGUAAAAAAAAAAAAAAA